ACAUCGUCCACAUCGCGUUUGUUUCAUGCGCCUUUAUGAUCAGUCGGAUUUAUUCAUUGAUGAGAAAAUUGUGCUAGUAAAAAUUUACUACUAGAAUCUUAAUUAAUUAACUGAAAAAAAACAGUUUGACAUCAUGCCCGCAGCACCAAGUGCAACAUCUGUUGGGGGAGCUAGCAGGUCUCCCUCAAAGGCAGUAGCCCCUAGAUCAACAAACGGAAGCACCGUCAGACAAAGGAAAACAACCACCACAACUGCUGCUCGCAGCAAAAACACAGGAGCAGGUACUGGUGGUAUGUGGAGGUUUUACACAGACGAUUCUCCCGGAAUCAAAGUAGGACCAGUCCCAGUUCUAGUUAUGUCCCUUCUCUUCAUAGCCUCAGUAUUUAUGUUACAUAUCUGGGGAAAAUACACUAGGUCAUAGUUAUUUAAAAUAAAUAUCAUUCCUUCUUCAAAAUCAUUA